GGUCAUUGCCUAGAUUUAGGACUUGAGUUGUUUUUUUGUGUUUCUAUUAACAAUGUCAAUCAAAAUAAUGGAAAAGAACGGUGGGUUAACUUGCGUAAAAUGGACGACGGAAACUCCCGAGAACACAAUAAGGAGUGAGAUAAAAAAAAAAGGACUUUCAACUGAAUCAUAAUCGAUACCUGAAUUAUUUGUCAAUAACUAGGCGGUUAAUCAAAUAAAACCUCUAAAACGCAAGAAAAUAAGUAAGGAUAAUCCGAAAACGCAACGCUGACUGUCGACGAGAAAAACUGUCCAAGUGCAAAGUGAAUCCAUCAAGGUCGACUUCUGGGUAGGCCCUGGAUAAGGUCAUUUUUGGGCUUUACCACGAAUCUCAAAACUCUGUCGUCUUGGGGUCGUCCUUGCUGAAUGUCCUUACCGAAUGGCGAAUCCUCAGUAGUUGUAAAAUCACCGUGUUUUGUACAAGUUGUUUUGUGCAGGCUCAGUAAAAUAAAUUCAUUUAAAAAGUGAUUGCUAUUCUGUCGAGAACAUUUUGCCUUUCCGUCUGUUGCAGAUAAGUGUUUAACCGCAAAUAAUCAAUGACGAUCACAACUAAAGUCAUGGGUAGCGGUGAGCAUUGCGUGACGUGGGAUGCUACAUUAGAGAGAGCCAAGAAAGCAAACGAGAUCUUUCAGCUGGAUCAUUUCCCCGAGUACAUUUCUUACUUUAGUCUCGUCUACGAUUUCAAAGUCAUCAAAUUCGAAGAGAAAAAAUAUCGAGUCGAGUUUGUUUUCACGCAAAGCGCUUACGAUUCUACUACCGGUAGGAAAAGUUGUGCUAUUUCGGAUUAUUACUACGAGCCGUGCGCAGUUUGGAUGAAUAACAAAGAAGGAAAAAAACUGAUGUUUCAAAAAUUUCCUCGUCCUAAAGGAUGGAAAAUAACUACCGCCUUUCGACAGAUUAGCUUUACUGUGAAUAUCUACAUCAAGUUUAAUUCUUUUCGUGAAAUCAACGUGUUGCUCAAACAAUUGACGGACAUUUACGCAAAUCAGUCCAACUGCGACAUCCAAUUUCUUUUUCAAGAUGGCCAGAAAAUCGGAGGCCACAUUUCCAUUAAGGCUGCCAGAAGUCCCGUAUUCGCAGCAAUGUUCAACAACCAACCAACCAAAACGGACCCAGUGUUCAUCAAUGACACUCAGCCGGAUAUUUUCAAAGAGGUGCUCCACUUUAUCUACUCCGGUCGGACUAGAGCACCAUUGACUGAAGCUAAUGUUUGGUCACUUUUUACGGCUGCGGAAAAAUAUGACGUCGCAGGAUUGAAGGAGGAGUGCACCCGCUUUCUGCUAGUUCAAAUUCGGGCGAGCAAUGCGAUCGAUUGGUUAAUUCUGGCAGACUUUCACUCGAUACAGAGUGUCAAAGAAGCUGCUGUGAAAAUCAUAACUGCCAACUUUCAAACCAUUUUCCCGACGCACGAAUGGGCGGAGUUCACAAAGAGCUAUCCUGAUCUGUGUUUGCCAAUUACCUUGACGACGAUUGGACAAAUAAAUUCUUAAUUUAACAUAAUAACUAUGACUGGAGCACUUUCUUUGUGAAACUUUUUAUCUAAACAUGAUUCAGACAAGAUAAGAGCGAAAAUUUUGUAUCGAUUGUGAUAGUAGUCAUUUUUAUCUUAUUAACAUUAACCUGGUAACUUUGGAUUUUCAGCAAUUCGUUUUUUGCCUAGAUUCAGAACAAGAGUUUUAUUUUGUGUUUCUAAAAACGAUGUCAAUCAAAAUAGUGGAAAAGAACGGUGGGUUAAGUUGUGUAAAAUGGACGACGGAAAUUCUCGACUUCACAAGAAAUGAGAGAAAAACAGAGGACUUUCAACUGAAUCGUUAUCGAUACCUGAACUGUAUUUCCCACUUUAACAUUUCAUUGACAUGCAGUGCCAAUAAUAGUCAUAAUUUGCAUUUAAAGCAGUUAGAGGACUCUAACAACGGCUCGAGCUCACGCAAAGAAAAAGAAACUGAUGUUAAGAAUUUCCGUCAGCCUUGCACUGUUUGGAUGACGUGUGGGGAGAACAAAAAGGCUACUAAAAUUUUUUUUAAGAAACCGUCUGCAGAGUCUGCCUGGAUUUCGGAUGCGUUCUCUGUCACACCACCGAAGAUACAACUAACCUUCCAAAUUUGGAUAAAGUUUAAUACUUUCGGUCUCGGUGAGAUGAACGUACUAGUUAAUCAACUGACGGAUAUGUUUCUUGAGCAAACAAACUGCGACGGCCAGUUCCAUCCGGUUCCAUCUACCAAGAGACCAGAAAAUCGGUGGUCACAUUUUCAUUUUGUCAGCUAGAAGUGACGUAUUCGCUACCAUGUUCAAGAUCGACACGAGAGAGGCAAAGACGGGCAUAGUCGAUAUCAAAGACAUCCAGCCAGAGAUAUUCAAAGACCUACUGCAUUUUAUCUACUCGGGUCGUACCAAGGAAUCGUUAACAGAAGAAACCGCUCAGCCGCUAAUCAUUGCGGCAGAAAAAUAUGACACCAAAAGCCUAAAGAAUGAGGGCGUCCGUUAUCUCCUCACACAAAUACGAGCGGAUAAUGCAAUCGACUUGUUGAUUUUGGGACACCUACAUUCGGCAGAAAAACUCAAGAACGCGGCUCUGGAUUUCGUGGUUGAAAACUGUAAAACAAUUUUUGAAACUGACGAGUGGCAAGAGCUAACCGAAAAAUAUCCUGAGCUUUGUUUAUUGACAACUCGUCGCAUGGUUGAAUCAUGGUUCACCAAUGAAGAAGAGUCUCUUUUAGAUCAGGUUGUAAAAAAAAUGUCACAUUGAACAGCAUUGAAGCUAUACAAUAGUAAAAGAUCAUUUUCAAUUUUUAGAUAAUCGAAGAUCUCAAAGGAACCAAACAACUCAUGCCAGUGGGAAGCACAAAUGAUAAAUGCACAAAUAAUUGACAUAUUAUUAUCUCUCCAGCAAUCAAACUAUGAUAUUCAAUUCUAUUCGGAAAACGUACAGCACAUCGUGAGAUCCAUUCAGGUAGGAGUGCCGUAUUCGCUGGAAAGACUACAUGAAAAUGGGGAAAAAAAGAGUAUCAUCAAGGGACUGAGAUCCAGCCGGCAGUGAAUCAAGUAUUUCUACCAUACUCUUUCACCUUUAUUCGGGCUGGAAUCGAGAGGCCAUGAAGUAAAAUGAAUGUUCGAUUACAUUUUUUUUUAAGCGUCCGCAUUGCUUGGAUUUGAAUCGAGUUCCUGUUAUAGCGUGUUAUAGUUUGCUCUUUACUUUAUUUUAGAAAUCUACUACCGGUAACUAACGUAUGUAAGUAUGUAACCUUGUAAGUAACCUAUGUAAGUAACUAAUUCUUAUUUUCACGACAACAAGCACUCUCCCCUCAGGUCAUCGAUUGGUCCAUUUUAAAAAUGGCAUCAGCAUUCUGUUCAAUAACAUCACUCGGUUCUCUGCCGCGUAGUGUGCCAAAUAUUAUUUCAGUUGAACAACAAAAAGAGUUUCUCGCUUGUGUGACGUACAAGAUAAGUAUUCAAAAAUACAACGCUGACAAGUUCCAGUUGGAUCGCACUUACGCCAACACGUACACUUCUUACUUUGUACUUUCAAGCGAAGUUGUAUCUAUAACAGAUGAUGGUGAAAAUCCUCAAAAUUAUACCAUCGAGGUGAGUCUGAGGGAAUUAACCGGGCCCGAUGAUGGACUCGGUUCAAGCGGAAAAGAAGACACUGUUCCAGAUUAUUGUCGUCGCCCAUGUGAUGUUUGGAUGACGUUAAUCAAUGAACGAGAAAAGUUAUUUUUUCAUAACCAAACCUCCUCGAAUGAGUGGAAAUCGCCCAAAAUUAUUCUUCCGUUAUUGCAACCAAGUGCAACCAUCGGUACGUGUCUGAUUUCGAUUAAGUUCAACAGUUUCCGUCAAGGCGAGGCGAAGGUGGUUAAAAGUCUGCUCGGGCUACUUCUCCAUCAAACGCAAUGCGAUGUCAAAUUCUGUUUUGAAGAUGGUCGGCACGUCGGUGGACACAUUCCCAUAUUGGCAAACAGAAGUCCCGUAUUCGCUGCCAUGUUUAGUCACGACAUGCAAGAGAAAAAGACGGGCCAAGUCGUCAUCAAAGACAUUCAGCCAGAGAUUUUCAAAGAGAUGCUGCAUUACCUCUACGCGGGACGGACCAGAAUUUCAAUCGUUGAAUGCACGGCUCAGCCGUUAUUCUUGGCGGCCGAAAAGUACGACAUCAAAGAGUUAAAGGACGAGUGCAUACAAUUCCUCAUCUUGCACAUACAAAGCGGAAACGUCAUCGAACUGAUCGUCUGGGCGGAUCUGUACAGGGUUGAGGAAAUCAAAGAAGCCGCUUUUAAAUUUGUGGGGGAGAACUACAAAACCAUUUUUCCAACGACGGAAUGGGAGAAUCUAAUGAAACUUUAUCCUGAUCUCUGUUUAUUAGUAACCCGACGCAUGAUUCAAUAAAGUUAAAUAUUUGACAGUGACAACGUGUGAAUCCCUGAAGUGCCAAAGCUCAAAGUUAAUUAGAGUUAGGUGUUACAGUGGACAAGGCGAAAAUAAAAACAGCAAAAAGAAAUCACU